AUGGUCAAAGUGAAGCUGAGAGUCCCCCUCUCGUCAGCACCACGCGAAACCUCUUCUCCACUGGCCAACCCAAACCCGCUCCGUUCAGCACCGGACUAUUCUGACGAUGACGAAGAGACCAUUCCUCAACCACGCAAUGGUGGCAGUCCCUCCGCCUCCACCGGUGCUGCUGGUCUUGACGAGGACGAUGAAGCUGGCUCCCUCAACAGCCAAGACGAAGACGAAGACGAAUUGGACGAACUCGACGAGCUCGAAGAAGAAGACGAAGAUGGCACACCCGCCGCAGCCAAUUCCUCCACUUCUACCCCCAAACGCCGCAGUAUCACACUCAAACCUCGGUCCUCCGCCCCCGGCGGUGGAGGCAGCUCAGCUUCACCCUCGGGGGAUGGCUCUGCUAGUCCAGCGAACAAAGUCGUACGACGUGGAAACCAAGCCCGCAUAGCCCAAGUUCGAAAUAUGACCGUGGAGGAAUUGGACGCGUUGCCUGCAGCAAAGAGAAGGAAGACGGCAAAGGCAAGAGGUGCUGCUGGACCAGGUAGAGGGUGGAGGAAAGGUUUGACGAAAGGUCAGAAACCUGUGUAUGAGUUACCGUCCGCUGAGACGACGCCUGCUACUUUUGGUGAUACUACCAAUGCCAGGUCUUCUCCCGCGAUCGAUGCUGUAGCGGUGAGGGUGAAAAGCGAAGGCACACCCACACCCUCAGCUGCUGCUAUUCCCAAGUCGAAAUCAUCUUCGACACUCGCAGCUGCGCCUGCAAAACCAGCGAGUUCGUCUCAUGGAGGUGGAGCUUCUUCAUCGAUCAAGAUCGUGUCUGGACCUGGUGGGCAGACUUUCACGGGUGAUCUCAGUGCUAAGGCCGGAACAGCUAAAAAUCCUGGGUUCAGGUAUCCUCCAUUACCGUCAUCAAGAGCUGGACCUCCUGUACAGCCAAUAGCUAGGAUCCCGACGGCUUUCCAGACGGUGGUUCCGCUAGAGAGGACGAAUAGGCAGCCGAGAAGAUGGUUGAAAGCGAAAAGGGAGAUCUUGAGUAUGGGUGGAAGGCCGUGGAGUAUUCCCGUUUUCUAUGGUGGUGAAGAUAGGGGGUACGAGAAGAAGUUUGAUGUUCCAACGACCACUGCUCCGGGGCAGACGGCAGCGGCAGGUGGAGCAGGCGCAGGGGGAGGAGGAGAGAAAGCAGCGCAAAGUAAAGCUGGAACCCCGUCUACAGCGACAAAGACUGUUUCUCCUACUCCGACGCCUACGCCUACUGCUGUUGCUCCGGGGGCGAGUGCGGGUGGAAGUGCGAAUACGGUUCAGGGUGGUGCGAUGAAGGUGGUGGCGGCGGGAGGAUCGCCUCUGCCUCCACCAAAGCAUUUGGGUGGGCUCACGGCUCAAGCUGAGACUAACUGGCGUGGUCAAUCGCCUGCUUUCUUGUUCGGAGGUCGUUGA